CGCAAUUCAAAUUGGGGUUUCCUCCAUUGGAGAGCUUCCAUAAUCCUUUCCUUUCAAGUUUCAACAACUCAUUUGGGUUUUCCCAGAUUUCUACCGAAAUUGUUCGUUUACCGUUAGUGACAGGAUGCCGGCUACAGCGGGAAGGGUUCGCAUGCCUGCGAACAACAGGGUGCACAGUAGUGCUGCCCUGCAAACGCAUGGUAUAUGGCAGAGUGCAAUCGGUUACGAUCCAUACGCGCCCAACAAGGAUGAUGACAAGAAGUCUUCACAGCAGAAGUCUUCAAACUCGGAGCCUGAGGGUGAGAAUGCGUAUGCAAGCUUCCAGGGCCUCCUUGCGCUUGCUCGCAUUACUGGGUCGAAUGCUGAUGAGGCUCGCGGAUCUUGCAAGAAGUGUGGCCGUGUUGGGCACCUGAAGUUUCAGUGCAGGAACUUUUUAAGUGUUAAGGACGAUAACAAGGAGAAAGACCCAGCUGCUAUUCAAGCUGAUGUCAUGUCUGAAUUGGAAAAGUUAAAAGGCAAGGUGAAAGGGAAAGGUGCUGCUGAUGGCGAGGAGAGUGAGGAGGAGGAGGAAGAGAGUGAGAUUUCAGACUCGGAUUAUGACUCAGAGAUUGAGAGGGCUAUUGCUGAAAGAAAUGGGAAGAGAGGUUCUAGAAAGGAUAGGUCAGUAAAGAGGAAGAAAAAGAGCUCAGAUGAUGAUGAUAGCUCUGAUACAGAUUCGGGGAGGAGAAAAAAGAGAGGAAGGUCAAAGAAGAGGAGUGAAAGGAGCAAAAGUGAUGAUUCAGAUAGUUCUGAUGAUGGUAGGAGGAAGAGAAAGAAGGAGAAGCGGAGAAAGAGAGACGAGUCCUCGGAUGAGGAAGCUGAGCGCCGUCGUCGACGGCACAGGAAGAGUAGGAAGGAGAAGAGGAGGAGAAGAAGUCAUCAUUAUUCAGAUGAUUCUGCAUCAGAUUCAUCUGAUUAUGAUGAUAGACACCGCAAGCGGAAAAGCAAGCGAUCAUCAUCACCAUCUUAUUCUGAUGCUAGCGACUCUGAUGAUUCGCCCCCCUGUCGUAGGAGCAUGAAGCGAUCUGAGAAGAGCCGUAAACGCUAGUAGAAUAUAUUGAGAUAUGGUAUUUUGACUAUAUUUUUACCAGAGUUGCUUUUAGUUUCUGUUGUGUGCAACUAUAUACUGUUGCAGAACGUUGUGUGUAUGGGAUUUGCUAUGUUCAUUUGUUUGGAGCUUGAUUUGGUUUACUUAGUGUGUUCUACUAUGGGAGAUGAAUAAAUUAUUGUUGGUUUGUUAA